GUUAGAGAAACUCAGAGGCUUCAAACAGACAGAUAUUAAAGGACUAUCGCAGGGCGGAGGUAACCAUCGCUAAUGCUGAAAUAUGAGCAAACCGAACUGAGGCGGAUGAACAAAACGCACCAAGCCGCGUCUCUGCGCGAGGAGGAGAAAAGAUAGAGAGACUCAGAAAGAGGGAGAGAGAGAGAAACAGGGAGAGAGUGAGACUCAGAGAGAAAGGGGUAAAGAGGAGUGUAAGACGCAGAUAGAGAGGGUGACAGCGAGGGAGAGAAGGAAAGGGAGUGUGACAGAGAGAGAGAGAAGUGUGCGAUUCGGACAGAGAGGGAGAAGUGUGAGACUCAGAGAGAGAGAGAGAGAGAUAGCGAGGGGUCGAGGGAUAGGCAGUGUAAGACUCGGUCAGGGAGAGAGAGAGAGAGAGAGAGAGAGGUAACGAGGGAGAGAGGGAUAGGGAGUGUGAGACUCGGAAAGAGAGAGAGGUAGCGAGGGAUUGGGAGUGUACAGGAGACAGGAGUAAGACUCAAAAGAGAUAUAGAGAGGAGUGUCAGACUCAGAGAUACACGAGUGUAAGACUCAGAGACAGACGGAGAGAGGGAUAAAGAGGAAUGUGAGACUCAGAUUGAGGAAUGGAGAGAGACUCAGAGUGAGAGAGAUAUCGAGGGAGAGAGAGGGGCGUGAGACUCGAAGAGAGAGAGAGAGAGAGAGAGAGGGAGAAAAAUUGGGUUGCACGGAAUGCAGAGGGAGAUAAAAACUUCUUCCCACACGGAGAACCGGGAGCGAACCAGCCCGCAUGUUUCCAUCAAUGGCUGAUCUAUCUGAUCUUUGACUGAAGGAUUCAUGCACUUCGUCAGGGAAUAGGACUCUUACUGUUUUCUGGAGCUGAUUAGGCAGUUUGUAAGGGCUGUGCAGGACUGACUGAAGAGCAGAAUGAUUAAUUUGUACCAAAGGUCGUGGACUCUGUCGUGGUUGGUCCUCCUGUGUAUUUUGGGGAAAAUCACUUCACAGGAAAAGCAGGGAUACCUGAUUGCUGCUCCGUCAGUUUUCCGUGCCGGAGUCGAGGAGGCUGUAAGCGUCACCCUGUUUAACACAGUGGAUGAGACACGUGUGCAGGUGCAGCUGAGUGUAAAGGGUGAGACUGUGGCACACAGCCAUGGAACUGUUCUAGAUAAAGGCACUAUCAAACUGAAGGUGCCGUCAGAUUUGCGGGGCCAGGCUAUUCUCAAGGUGUGGGGAAACAGGCACCUCACUGAGGGUGGCUACAUCUUCCACAACCACACUACAGUGACUAUUGACAGCAAAGGCACAGCUGUCUUCAUCCAGACUGACAAGCCCAUCUACAAACCUCAGCACAAAGUGCUCAUCAAUGUGUACUCCAUCACCCCAGACCUGAGACCUGCCAAUGACAAGAUUGAAGCUUAUGUCGUGGACCCAAGAGGAUCUCGCAUGGUCCAGUGGAAAGAUCUCAAGCCUGUUUGUUGUGGGAUAGUGAACAUGAGUUUCCCACUGUCAGACCAGCCAGUCUUUGGUGAGUGGCUCGUGUUCGUUGAUGUACAAGGCCACACCUACAACAAGUCAUUUGAAGUUCAGAAGUAUGUAACACCCAGGUUUGAGCUGAUUGUAGAGCCCCCUCCGUACAUACGAGACCUCAGCAGAUGUGAACAAGCCACUGUAAAAGCCAGGUAUACGUUUGGAAAGCCUGUAACUGGAAAGUUAACAGUGAACAUGACAGUAAAUGGAGUUGGAUACUACAGACAUGAAGUGGGUCAUCCUGUGGUGAAGACAAUGGACAUGAAAGGAUCAGCCACCUUCAGUCUCUGUGUGAAGGACAUGAUGCCCCUGGAUGUCACUGAUCACUUCCGGGGAACAGUGAACAUGUGGGUGUCAGUGAACAGUGUGGAUGGGGGACAACAGACCAUGUUUGAUGAUUCCACACCGGUUCACAAGCAGCUCAUCGACAUCAAGUACUCCAAGGACACUCGCAAGCAGUUCAAACCUGGUUUGCCUUAUAAGGGGAAGAUUGAGGUGAUGUAUCCGGACGGGAGCCCUGCAGAUGGUGUCCAGGUCCGUGUAAAAGCUGAACUCACCCCAAAAGACAAUGUCUACACCAGUGAGCUAACCUCCAAGAAUGGCGAGGCAACUUUCGAGAUCCCGUCCAUCCCCACUGCUGCCCAGUACGUCUGGCUAGAGACCAAGGUGAUAGCUAUUGAUGGAAAUCCAGCAGGGGAUCAGUAUCUGCCAAGUUAUCUGUCUAUCAGCAGCUGGUACUCUCCCAGCAAGUGUCAUAUACAGCUCCAGAGCCCCACUGCUCCACUCAUAAUUGGGCAGGAAGUAGAGGUCAUGCUGAAGUCUACCUGCCCUUGCAACUUCACCCUACACUAUGAAAUCACCUCUCGUGGGAAUAUUGUCCAGUCUGGCCAUAGGCAUCCAAACAGCACAGCACGCAGCAGGAGAGCAGCAGUCACCUUUGACAAGAACAUUCACACCACUCCUCAGCCCCCACUACACUCUGGUUCAGAGGAAGCCACAGCUCAGGACGAGUCAGAUAGCUGCGUAUCUGUACUGCGCUUCCAGAUCACUGCUGCCAUGGCACCCCUCAGCCGCUUGCUGGUCUACUAUGUGCGUGAGAAUGGGGAGGGCGUGACUGACAGCCUGCAGAUCCCUGUGCUGCCCCGCUUUGAGAACCAGGUGUCCGUCUCUAUGUCCACCAAUGAGUCAAUGCCAGGCAGCUCGGUCAGCCUUCAUGUCAGAGGGGAGAAGGGCUCAUGUGUUUGUGUGGCAACUGUGGACAAGAGCAUGUACCUCCUCAAACCUGGCUACCAGCUCACCCCAGAAAAGGUGUUUAAGGAACUUGCCGAUUUUGAUGUCUCCGAUGCUUUCGGUGUACCCAAAGAUGAUGGACAUUUCUGGUGGCCUGGAUUGUCAUCACGACGACGGCGUUCAUCUGUGUUCCCAUGGCACUGGGAUAUCACCAAAGAUGCUCGUUUUGCUUUCACGGAAACCGGCUUGGUGGUGAUGACGGACAUGGUGAGACUGAACCACCGGCAGACUGGUGGCAUGUACACUGAUGAGGCCGUGCCUGCCUUCCAGCCCCACACCUCCACUCAGGCAGCGAUGCACUCCCGUUCAACAGCUCGGGCAAUCAAGCACAAGCGCACGUUCUUCCCUGAGACGUGGAUAUGGAACUGCCUCAAUGUCAGCAACAUAACCGGAGAAGCAGAGUUGCGCUUGGACGUCCCAGAUUCCAUCACUACCUGGGUGACGGAGGCAGUCGGUUUGUCGGAGGAUAAGGGGCUGGGCCUGGCUAAGCCUGCAGAACUGCGGACAUUCAAACCCUUCUUCAUUGAUUUCACCCUUCCAUACAGUGUGAUCCGUGGCGAGCAGACCAAAGUCCCUCUUACUGUCUACAACUACCUCCCCACCUGCACAGAGGUCCAUGUGAAGGUAUCUGUGCCUAAAGGGAUCAAGUUUGUGGGUCACCCAGGGAAACACCAUUUGACUCGGAAGAAGUGCGUGGCCCCGGGGGAGGCAGCGCCCACCUUCAUAGUGCUGUCCUUUACAGAGCUGGUUACUGCAAACAUCACAGCCCGUGCUGUUGCGUACAGUGAGCCAAGCUGCUGCUCUGACGGCCUGCAGCCCAGCAAAGCAGGCAAAGUGAGCGAGGAGCAGGAUGAGCGCAAGAGCCCAGCAGGAAUGGACUAUGUUCGCAGAAGUGUGCUGGUUGAGCCUGAGGGUCUGCCCAGAGAGUAUACAUAUAGUGUCUUCUUCUGUCCAAAUGAAAGAAUCCACAUCUCCACACCUAAUAAGUAUGAAUACCAGUACGUGAAGAAGCCAUCAAAAGUCACACACAUACAGGUAUCAGUGAAGACCCACAAUGACGCCCACAUCGCCCUGGCACCCAGCGCCCACGACAGCACAGAGAUGGUGGAGGUGGUGCUGGGCGGCAGGCAGAACUCCCGCUCUUGGAUUUCAGUGGGGAAGAUGGGCGAGCCUGUGGCCAAUGUCCCCACACCAGGCAUCCUGUCCUGGGACGAGUUCCGUAGCUUCUGGAUCAGCUGGAGGGAAGGCGGUGUGCAGGUAGGUUAUGGCUUGGAACCAUCCACUGAGUCGCUGAUCAUGCAGUGGUCAGGGCCGCUACCAGCUCAGGUACACUACAUUGGUUUCUCUACUGGCUGGGGCUCAGUGGGGGAGUUCAAGAUAUGGCGCAAAGAAGAUGCAGAUGAGAACCACAACGAGGCCUUUACACUGGGAGUCCCACACAACGUGGUGCCAGGUUCUGAGAGAGCCACUGCCUCUAUGAUUGGUGAUGUCAUGGGUCCAACUCUCAAUAAUCUGGACAAACUCCUGCGUCUGCCCUUUGGUUGUGGAGAGCAGAACAUGAUCCAUUUUGCCCCAAAUGUCUUUGUGCUCAAGUAUCUGCAGAAAACCCGUCAACUCAGCCCAGAGGUGAAGUCAGAAGCCACUGACUACCUUCUACAAGGAUAUCAGCGACAGUUGACAUAUAAGAGGCAGGAUGGCUCCUACAGUGCUUUUGGAGAGAGAGACUCUUCUGGGAGCAUGUGGUUGACUGCAUUUGUGCUGAAGUCAUUUGCACAGUCUCGUGGUUUCAUCUUCAUUGACCCAGAAGAACUGCAGGCAGCCAAAGCCUGGCUGAUCAGCCACCAAAGAGAGGAAGGUUCCUUCCCUGCUAUGGGCAGAAUACUCAACAAAGACCUGCAGGGUGGGAUCCAUGGAAAGAUUUCAUUGACAGCCUAUGUGGUGACCGCACUCUUGGAGACUGGGAUUUCCACUGAGGAGGAGAAGCUCGCUGUGUCUAAAGCUAAGGAUUUCCUGGAGAGUAAUACAUACUCUGCAGAUGACCCGUACACUACGGCCCUCUCAGCAUAUGCCCUUGCUCUGCUGCGGAGCCACUAUGCCCCCCUGGCCCUGCGACGCCUAAACCACAUGGCCAUAACCCAAGAUGGCUUUACUCACUGGAGUCUCACUGGCAGCACUGUGGCUGAUGAAGACACAUUCAUGGGUUUUAAUGAUGGCCUUUCCCAGUCAGUGGUCUCAGCAGAGGUGGAGAUGACAGCCUAUGGCCUACUCACUUAUACCCUGAUGGGUGAUGUAGCGUCUGCUCUUCCUGUAGUCAAAUGGUUAUCUCAACAAAGGAACGCGCUUGGCGGCUUCUCUUCAACUCAGGAUACGUGUGUGGCUCUGCAAGCACUAUCGGAAUAUGCCAUCUUGUCGUAUGUGGGAGGCGUAAACCUUACCAUCUCUUUAGCCUCAACCAAUCUGGACUUUCAAGAAACCUUUGAGCUUCAGCGGGAUAACAAGAAGAUUUUGCAGAAAGCUGUGAUCCCUAGCAUUCCCACAGGGUUAUUUGUUAGUGCCAAAGGAGAAGGCUGCUGUCUGAUGCAGAUCGAUGUGACCUACAAUGUUCCUGACCCUGUAGCUAAGCCAGCCUUCCAGCUGAUGGUGCAGCUCAAGGAACCCAGACAGGAGCGUCACACUCCUCUCUCCUACUCAUGGCACUCGUCCUCCCGCUCUCGUUCCCGCGCUGAUAACCGUUCAGAACUAAGUCGCACCCGCAGAUCCCCUGCCGAUGACGAGGACCCUGCUGCCCACCAGGACAAUCUGGAUUACCGUGUCACACUGGAAGCCUGCACCAGGUGGCUACAUCCAGGCUCAUCCAACAUGGCCGUCCUAGAGAUCCCUCUGCUGUCAGGCUUUCGUGCUGAUGUUGAAAGCUUGGAGAAGCUGUUGAUGGAUAAACGGGUGGGGCUAAAGAGGUACGAAAUGGAGGGUCGUAAAGUCCUUUUCUACUUUGAUGAGAUCCCCAGUCAGUGCAUGACCUGUGUAGCCUUUCAGGCUGUGAGGGAGUACAUUGUGGGAAAGACCGCGCCAGUGCCAGUCAAAGUCUACGACUAUUAUGAGCCAGCUUUUGAAGCCACUCGCUUCUAUAAUGUGAGCGAGAGCAGCCCACUGGCACGGGAGUUGUGUGAUGGUACUUCAUGUAAUGAAGUGGAGAGUUCCACCAACCAAUGGACAGGCUUUGUGCAGGGCAGUCAGUGUAAUAACGUGUUUGGCUGUCCGGAGGAAGAUCGCUAUGAGCGCUGCACGUGUUACAGGGAUUGUGGGUAUGAUGGAGAACCAGUAUGUGGCUCUGACGGCCAGCUGUACCAAAACCAGUGUCAGUUGGAGGUGUCUGCCUGCAGGAACGGGACACGUAUUGAGCAGGUGCCCCUCAGCCAAUGCCCUCAGAUGGAGGUGAUUGUUGAAGAGCGAGAGCCGUCUACAGGAGAGGAACCUGAGCAGGCCCCCAUACUCAUCCCUACAGGUGAAGAGGAACAAGGCUCUAUGGAGGAAGUAUCCUACUACUCCUAUGAGUAUGACCCUGAUGUGGAGCCCUUCACUCCAGAGGAAGAAGAGCAGUUGGUUCUGCCUGUAGAGGAAGAGGAGACUGCCGAAACACUCAGACACCUGGACAGACAACCCCUCACGGUGGAAACAAAGGAUUCACCUGCACGAUGAGCUUAUCCAGAUGGCAGUGAAGAAGAACGCACAUUGUACAUUCUCUGUGAAUAUGUUUGUAUGAAAGGAGUGCAAGAGUAGAAAGGGCUAACCCACGUCUGUUGCAACACAACUACACUAUAUGUCCAAAUAUUUGUGGAGACCCCUUUGAAUGAAUGCAUUCAGCUACUUUACACAGCUCCCGUUGCUGGCACAGAUAUGCAAAUGUAUACUCACGGCUUGUCUAGCCCCUGUAGAGAAGUACUUCCUAUAGAUUAGGAGAUAGCAGAUAAACAAAAACCUACUGGCCUCAUGUCUAAUACCGGGUUUGGGCAGUGGAACUGUGUUCUCCGGAAUAAUGGUGCUCCAUCCUGUACUUUUGGGACGAGUUGGUGAUUAUUCAACAUUCUGACCCCACUAAUGCUCUUGUCACUGAAUGCAAUGAAAUCCUAACAGCAAUGCUCCAAAAUCUAAUAGAAAGUGUUACAUAAACAGUAGACAGUUACUCCAUCAAAAAUAAUAAACUCUCUUUAAUACCCUUCAUUUCAGAAUAAGCAGGUGUUCCAAUAUUUUUGUCCAUAUAGUGUAAGUUAAGAGGGAGUGUGUCUGUGUGAGUGUGUCUGUGUGUGUGUGUUUGAAUAAGAAGAGUUAAUAUGCCUAUCCUUACAUACUCCUCUCUCUCUGUUUCACAAUUAGUUGCCGUAGCUCUUUUUACAGCAUUAACUGACAUUGUCAUUACGUCUCCUUGUAAUCUUCUUGUAAUCUCAUUUAAAUAGUCCAGUAUUUAUGUUUGUAAGUUUUUUUUUUAAAUGCUAUGUUAUUGUUUUCUAUCUGUGGUAUUUAUUUAUAGCUGGUGCCUUUUAUUUCUUACCUUUGCCUUUCCUUGACAUCGUCCUCUCUUUCCACGCUGUACUCCACUUUCUCCUUUACUCUGUCUAAAUGCAACAUGAUUGACAGCCCACUGCUCAUGCAGGCCUUAUAUUCAUACAUUGAGGUGCUUGACUACUACUAUCAUAAGAUAACUGAUUCUUCCUCUUGGCAUCUACCAGAUUGCUUUUCAGAUGGUGCAGAGAGAGCAGCUGUAAUGACUAACCAUAAAUAAGCUCAGUUUGAAACUCACUCUGGCAACCGAUGCAGGUUUGUGUACCUCACACUGUAAACACAGUCACUAAAUGAUCAUAUAGACAGAUGCAGUUACAGUACAGUGCAUAAGCUCAGCUCAGUAAGUUCAGUACUUUGGACUGUUGGUCAACAAUGAAGUUUCGAGAAUUACUGUAAAUUGUCCAAAUUUGAAUGGAAUGUAAGCCCAAUUAUGUCAGGUACAUUCUGUUUGUUAAAAAAAGAAGAACAAGGAAAUAAACGUUGUAUACAAAAUUUA